GUGUACGACUACACACUCUCCGUUCCUUGUGGUCGGGUGACCACCUAUAAAGAUCUUUCAUUGGCUGUCGGUGGCUCGCCUCGUUCUGUCGGCAACGCGUUGAGAAAUAACCCAUUCGCGCCAUACGUUCCAUGCCAUCGUGUCAUCGCGUCCAACCUUUAUAUCGGUGGAUUCAUCGGUGAAUGGGGUCCGACAGCUAAAACUGGGACGAAAGUCAACAAAAAAAUUGCCCUUCUGUCUCGCGAAGGGGUUACAUUCGAUCAACGCGGAUUCCUUGACAACGAGGACUACUUGUGGAAAGGCUCGUCGAGCUUCGAGCGCUAA